AUGGAUGAACUGAAAUUCGGAUAUGGUUGCAAAAUGCUAUUAGUAAUUAUAGUGAUGAUAGAAGUAUUAGAUAUUUGUAAAGGGAACCAAUGUUUUAAUCCAGACACUGUUUCUGAUGUACAUAUGAGCUCUAGAUUUGAUUCUGAAGAUUUUCUAGUCCAGGCUUCAAUAGGACCUGUUGAUUGUAUUAGAACAUGCAAAUCAUGUGGAUUAUGUAAGUUUGUGAAUUUUAACAAAAGGACUCUAGAUUGCUCACUCCUGGCAGUAGAAGGUCAGUUGAUCACUGACAAUGAUUAUAUUUCUAUAGAGUCUUAUAAAUGGAAUGAUAACAUGAUGGGUGUAUGUAAAGAUCAUAACUGUCCUUAUAAUACAUUGUGUGUGGUAGAAGAUGAUAACUAUACCUGUAUACCAUUAGGGUGUGGAAUACCACAAACAGAUAAUAUCAAUGUCACUUCCUCCAACAGUAAGUUAUUGUGGAAUUAUGGAGAAGUUGUAGAGUAUGCUUGUGAACAAGGCUUUUUUACCCGCACUAAUGCUACUUGCUUGAGUACAGGCCAAUGGAGUGACUUUCAGUGUACUGCUUUUUCUAAAUGUGAUGAUAAUUCAGUCUGUGGUCCACGAGAAGAGAAGUUUUACUGGCUCCUCCUGAUUGCUACUGAGACUCGACAGAAGGUCCAUUGUAAAAACGCAAUUGGCCCUUCAAUAUUACUAGCAGAAUACAACAUGGCAUCAACUCCUGCAUACAAAAGAACUGCUGGAUCAUGUGACUUGAUUCCUGAACCAGAGCCACAGGCGCAUGAUAUGGGUUAUACAGAUUAUCAAAUGACAAGAGUAAUACUGAAUCCUCUGAAGAUAAAUAGUCCAGGGUCUAGUAAUACCACGUACAGUCUUCAGGACUUUGGAAAAGCCGGGGAUUGCUAUGCUGGAGACAACAGUAGUGAAUGUGGUGUCAUUGGAAGAUUUAUUAUCAAUACUCGUAACACUGGCUACAAAGUUAAAACAUCAGUUAAAUGGAAAACUUGGGACACUGUUUCUGAUGUACAUAUGAGCUCUAGAUUUGAUUCUGAAGAUUUUCUAGUCCAGGCUUCAAUAGGACCUGUUGAUUGUAUUAGAACAUGCAAAUCAUGUGGAUUAUGUAAGUUUGUGAAUUUUAACAAAAGGACUCUAGAUUGCUCACUCCUGGCAGUAGAAGGUCAGUUGAUCACUGACAAUGAUUAUAUUUCUAUAGAGUCUUAUAAAUGGAAUGAUAACAUGAUGGGUGUAUGUAAAGAUCAUAACUGUCCUUAUAAUACAUUGUGUGUGGUAGAAGAUGAUAACUAUACCUGUAUACCAUUAGGGUGUGGAAUACCACAAACAGAUAAUAUCAAUGUCACUUCCUCCAACA